CCGCCGCCGCCGCCGCCGCCGGCGCCCGCGCCCGCGCCCGCGCCGCACCCGCACCAGCACCACCCCCACCUCCCAGGGGCGGCCGGGGCCUUCCUGCGCUACAUGCGGCAGCCAAUCAAGCAGGAGCUCAUCUGCAAGUGGAUCGACCCCGACGAGCUGGCCGGGCCGCCGCCGCCGCCGCCACCGCCCCCGGCCGGCGGCGCCAAGCCCUGCUCCAAAACUUUCGGCACCAUGCACGAGCUGGUGAACCACGUCACGGUGGAGCACGUGGGCGGCCCCGAGCAAAGCAACCACGUCUGCUUCUGGGAGGAAUGUCCGCGCGAGGGCAAGCCCUUCAAGGCCAAAUACAAGCUCAUCAACCACAUCCGCGUGCACACGGGCGAGAAGCCCUUUCCCUGCCCGUUCCCGGGCUGCGGCAAGGUCUUCGCGCGCUCCGAGAACCUCAAGAUCCACAAGCGCACUCAUACAGGGGAAAAGCCUUUCAAAUGUGAAUUUGAUGGCUGUGACAGGAAGUUUGCCAACAGCAGCGAUCGCAAGAAACAUUCCCAUGUCCACACCAGCGACAAGCCCUACUACUGCAAGAUCCGGGGCUGUGACAAGUCCUACACUCACCCCAGCUCUCUGAGGAAACACAUGAAGAUUCACUGCAAGUCCCCCCCGCCUUCUCCCGGAGCCCUUGGUUACUCCUCAGUGGGGACUCCAGUGGGUGCCCCUUUGUCCCCUGUGCUGGACCCAACCCGGAGUCGCUCUAGCACUCUGUCCCCUCAGGUGACCAACCUCAAUGAGUGGUACGUUUGCCAGGCCAGCGGAGCCCCCAGCCACCUUCAUACACCUUCCAGCAAUGGAACCACCUCGGAGUCUGAAGACGAGGAGAUGUAUGGGAACUCUGAGGUUGCGCGGACCAUACGUUAGAAUUUAUUCGUGAUAAUAAUAAGAAGUCAUAAGUAGGAGUCCUUGGACCAUAUCCUAACUUGAGACAAUGCCGAGCCUGAGACAAACCCUUGACUCAGACUUGCCACCGGGUCUAAUUAGCCCUAUUUAUUCCGUAUGAAACCCUAUGGUGUUUGUACCUUUUAAUUAAUUUAAUUAAGAUAUUUGGGCUUUUUCUUUCUUCUUCUUAGAAAACAAACAAACAAACAAAAAAAACAAUCGAACUGGACUUGUACGUUGCAGGGGGACAGGGCGAGGAGCAAGAUGUACCAAGGGUUAAUCGAGAUCCACACUGCCAAUGCAAUAUCCGUAGACUUUGGAAGGAGCGAGAAAAAGCAUGAAGUCAGAACUGCACACAGCAACAAGGCCCUCUGCAUUUCCCGCAGUGCCUCGAGAAUGCCUUUACCACCACAACCUGGGCUGCUUUGGAGCCUCUUAGCCUCCUCCUUGGGCCCUAAGUCUAAAAAGGCCUCUUGAUUGUAAGCCACACACUUGCUGCAUCACCAACAGAUCUCAGACUGUACCUGUGUCCAAAACUAUUUGUAAAAACCCUUUAAGUUCAAAUAGUUGUCAUUUGAAAUUCCCACUCUUUUCUUACUGAUCUCCUCUUAACGCACUAUUUUUAUACAGGAUUGUUUCCCCAGUACCCUGCCUAUGUGACGGAAAGAAAAAAAGAUGCAGCAGACUUAACACAUCUCCAUUGAUUGUGCUACUGUGAUUGUUCUAGCAAAAGUGGAGAGAAGCGCUGCUGCAGUAGACAACUGUGCAACUGUGAUUUCUUGUGAAAUAGAAGAAAUUCAAGUGCUCUCCUUUUUCUCUAUGUUUUUCUUUUUCU